AUGGCAGUGGGAAACAGACCGUCGCCCGGCCGCAAACGGCGUCGGCUGCUCAAGAACCUCGAGAUCCCCGACAACAAGGUGUACCAGGAGCUGCAGGAGGACGCGAUCAGCCGCGCGCAGGUCGACAAGAGCCGUCCGGGGUCGAGAGACUCGAGGAGUCUGAGGGUGCGAUCGCGGUCCGCAGACUACUCGAGCCCCUCGCCCGACACGGGCAAGGUCAUCCUGAAGAUCAAGUACAACCAGGACCGGAAUCUGGCGGGGAUCGCCGAUUCCAGACAGGAAGUGUUCGAGGUGGGCGAGGAAGAGCUGGAGUUGCCGUACCGCGGGCUGUUGUCGUUUGAAGACGCAAACACCUACUACACCCGGCCCAGCAUGGAGUUCAGGGCGUUUUUCAACAGAUUGAGGGUCGAAAGCGAAAGUAGUAGACACCUUCACGGAGAUCUGACUCUGGUGAAGAAACUCACCAGUGAGGAACGACUAGCGCACCACGAGUCGCAGAUCCCAACGGUUUCGAAACUCCGGUGUGUCCAUUUCCGCAACUACGAGAUUGACUCGUGGUUUAUGUCGCCGUAUCCGCAGGAAUACUCUUCUAACUAUGUGCUGCAUCUGUGCGAGUUCUGUUUGAAAUGUUUCUCCUCGUCGUUCACGCUCAAACGCCACGAGAUCAAGUGUGCGUACGCGCCACAUCCGCCUGGAAUCGAGAUCUACCGCACGCCGCAGUUGGCCGUGUUCGAGGUGGACGGCCGCAAAAACGUGCUGUACUGCCAGAACCUGUGUCUGUUUGCCAAACUGUUUCUCAACUCGAAAACGCUCUACUACGACGUGGAGCCGUUCAUGUUCUACGUUCUGUGCGAAAUUGAUGCGGACGGGUACCAUUUUGUCGGGUAUUUCUCCAAAGAGAAGCUGAACGGAACAAACUACAACCUGAGCUGUAUAUUGACUUUGCCGAUCUACCAGCGCAAAGGGUACGGCAACUUUUUGAUCGACUUUAGCUACCUGCUGUCGCGGCGCGAAUUCAAGCUAGGAACGCCCGAAAAGCCGCUCAGCGACCUUGGCCUGUUCAGCUACCGCAACUACUGGAAAAUCGCUGUGGCCAAGGCCCUGAAUGCCCUGCUGCGCGAGAACAAGAUGGGCCCGGUUUCCGUGGACGAUCUGUGCAACCUGACGGGCUUGAUCCACAACGACGUGAUAGUCGGGCUGGAGCAGCUGAACGCGCUGGUGUUCGACCCAGUGACCGCAAGGUACGGCAUCUGGGUCGACCCGAAGGUGGUGGCCACCGUGCUGGCCGCGUGGCAGGAGAAGAACUACGUGGAGAUCGACGCGGACCGGUUGUUAUGGAAACCGGUGAUUCUAGGGCCGUCUGGCGGAAUCAACACCACCUCAACGAUGGUGCUGACGGACGACCGCGAAAACGAGGAGAAGGGCCUGAUGUCCAGCAUCUCGCUAAUCGUGAACUUUCUGCGCGAUGACCUGGAAGACAGCCGCGAUCUGGAGGUGCAGACCAUGGAUAAGAUCAAGACGGAGCAGAUAAGCUUUGAGUUCGACAGAGCGGUCAUCUGCUACCCGGGACGGAUGUUUGACCGGCAAACAACGCCCGUGGUGGCCAAACCGGAAGAGCCCAAGUCGGUGGACCCAGACCCGUUCGGAAUCGACGUGGCGGAAAGCAGCUCGGAAGACGAAUUUGUUGAUGCCAAUGACUCAUCAAACUAG